CCUACUGACAGAGGUGAGACCGGAAGUCAACUUUGCCGUCCCACUUUGAUGGAGUAUAAAAUAGGCAGUACUCCACUAAUGAGGUUGUAGUACGCAAUAACGUUCGGUACUUGUCAGACCAUCAGUAUCUCGAGAUAUCAACAUGAGGCCGCUGAACACAUCCGUCCUUUUGGGCUUACUUUCUUUAACAGCUGUGGCUUUUUCGGCGCCGGCUUCAACUUCGACCGCAGAAAAUGACCCAGAAGCGAAAAGUCAAUCUCUAUCAGUCGACCCGAGAUUCUCGAAGAAAACCGCUUUAGCGAGCCCAUUUUACGGAAAUGGACAUGGUUAUGGUGGAGGCUACGGGGGAGGCUAUGGGGGAGGCUAUGGGGGAGGCUAUGGGGGAGGCUAUGGUGGUGGAGGAAGCUAUGUUCCUCCAGUGUACCCGACAUAUCCCGGAGGAAGCUACGGCGGCGGCGGAAGUUAUCCGGGAUAUGGAUAUUCCGGAUUUGCGCCUUAUCCUUCCGUCAACAAUGGGUAUGGAAAUGGAUACGGAUACAACAACGGCUACGGUGGCUAUGGUAGUUACCCUGGGUAUGGUACGGGCUAUAACGGAUACGGACUCGUAGGAAGCGGCACAUACGGUAUUGGAUAUGGAGUCAAUGGUGUUAGUGUGGGUGUGGCUGGUUAACAAAGCCAAAUAAAAUCUAAAAUCCCAUCAAUAAUCGGGUCAACGUAAUAAUUCCUAUGCAAACCUUUGUUUUGAGUAAAAAUCAAUCCAUAUGGAAUAUUACUAAGCGUAUGAUAUACUGUAUACUGUACAUGUAUCCACUGUUGAAUUCAAUGUACAGUUUAAAAAAAAUAUUCAUUUAAAAUACAAGAUGUAGAAUAA